AUGGCUAAAAAUCUGUACCUAAAUCCACAGAUGGAUGAAGCUGAGUCUCCUCUCCAUGCCAGGAGGAAAGAGGAAACUCUCCUCAAAAUUUUGACUGAAACUUUUCAGGAGCUGGAAGCUGUCAGACGCUGCAGAGAUCAUCAUAAUGAGACAGCAGGAGGAACGAAAAGCACAGAAGAAGAAGCAGACAGAGAGGUAGGAGAGGAGGUACAGGGAAGGACGUGCAGUCCAAGGGAGGAGGAUGAAGACAGGAGAGAAAAAACUGCAGAAGAAGAGCGGGAUGUGAAAGAGCGCUGGAAAAAAGUAGUGGAAGUGCUGAGGGAGCUGAGUGUUUUUCAUUUUGAUAGAGUGAGAGCAUGGAGGGAUGUGCUCAGAGAAUAUGAGCACAUGUUUUCCAAGUCUCCACCAGGGGGCAGCGAUGAGCAGCAUUCAUCCAUAUCAGAUCCAGAGUUCAACUUCACAGACUCCAUCUGUGCUGCUGUUCUCGAGGAGGAUUUGACAAACAUCAUAGAAAAACUGAACGUAAUCAUAAGAAAGUUAGACAAAGAAAUCUUCAAACUAUCAGCUGAGGAGGCCCCAGCUGUGGAUUCAGCACUUCAGGAGACCAGAGAUCUAGAGGCAUCGCAGCCUGAAGAUGAUAGAAAUCCCUCCCAUGAUGCUCUUGAAUUAGACUCUGAUCUUCAACAAGACAACGGAGUUAAAGAUGAUCAAAGAAAAACGCCAUCGCCAGAGGCUGUGCAAAUAUCAGACGUCAUGGUCAGCAGCUUGGACUGCAGCGUAGUGGAAGAGACAGGGAGAGAAGAAGCUGUCAAAAGUCAAGGGAGUGAUAAUGAGCACUGUGUCUCUGCGGAUAGUCAAACUGAUGUCUAUGAGAGGACAGAAAAGACUUUAAAUCAGUUAAAAAACCAGGGCAAAGAGGAGACAGACAACACAUGGAUCACAGUCGGGCUAACUGGUCAACAAGAAAACAACAAUCCCGACGUUCCAGUUGCAUGCUUUAUUAAAGCACCCAUUGGUGUAGCUGAUCUCCUGACAUGUGAGCUGGCUGACGGCCUGAGCUGCCUGAUGGUGACUGGCUCAGAGGAGCUGGUCAGCAGAGUGAUAAGCCUUAGAGUUCAGAAAGGAGUUAAUUUUCACUUCCCAGUGACUCUGGUUGUGCCUUUCUGUGCAUGUUAUCGCGGCAGCUACAGGGAUGUAGCUGUCAAGAUGGUCGACCGUGAGAGGAGGGCGAGCUACGUCACUCCUUUAACAACGGAGGGAACAUACGGAGGUCAAAGGGGCUCAUUUGCAGAGGUGAAGGUGUACUCUCUUGGCCUGUUUGCUGUAGUUUCGUGUCUCAAGAGGGAGAAUUACACCAUACCCACAAGGGGUUUGUCACUCAAACUUCCCAUGGACCCUCGAAUCUGUCUGAACUACCUCCCAGGAUCCUUCACAGCUCCAGUGAUGGCCCAAACCAUGAUCCAACCCAUAGAUGCAGUACUCCUGGCGUCUGUAAAGUCUAGAAGUGAUGCCUAUUAUUCUGUGGUGGCUACAAGUCCAAUACUCUACUUCACCCACCCAUCCUCGCAGACCCUGAGGAGACCCCUCAUGAUGACUCUACCCUGUCCUCCUAAUCCAGAAAAGGAGAGACAAAGGAGGGGAAAAGGGGAGGAGCAAGACUACCAAAUCUGGUCUGGUAGCACUUCUCCAAUGUGGGAUCAAGCUGCCCCACACAGAGGGAUAAUCUUGGGUGCCUCUAUGAAGUCUAAGGAGAUGUCCAGUGAGCUGCUGGUUGUUCUGGGCUCGAGAGACAAACAGUGGAGCGUCCUGGAUAAAGUCACUGUAAGGAGCCAGCAAAAUGGACUGGUGUCCUUUGAGCUGACGGAGAACUUUGACAGAUUGCUGGUGGUUCGACUCCUCUCCCGCCUGCAUUCUUGUCACCUCACUGCCUUGGCGGAGGAGCUGGAGGAGUCAGUCUGCUGCCACGCAGUCACCAUCAUCCUCCAGCGCAGACCAGACGAGCCUCACACAGCCCUGUUAGCUGUCAUCCCCAGCAAAGACCUAAACUGGGAGCUGUCCAAACUCAAAGCCCAGGGUUACAGCGGCCUGUUGAACACCUCCUCGGAGAUCUCCAUGUGUGAAGGAGACCAGCUUCUCCUCCGCUUCAGUGGCAACAUAACCUCAAAGGGUAUGGUGAGAGUUUGGCCUAAUGAUCGUCUGACCUUCCACACUCAGCAGAAGAAUCACCUCCUCCUCCAUCUGUCUGAAGUGGACCCAUUUGGGAACUACAGCUCCCCUCACUACAAAGGCAUGGCCCUGUUUCAUAAGGUCACUAGAGGUCAACAUGAGUGGCGAGGAGACAGACUAGUCCCGGUGGAUAUGAAGCUCUUGGGAGAUCCUGUCUGUAAGCUGCCUCUGACAUUACCCAAGAGAGUGAGAACAAUCAAUCGUCCCAUCAUGGCGAGGGCGAAGUUGUGUGAGGAGACAGACUCCCUGUCGGACUCUCUUCUACUCUGGCUCUCCGAGGAGCUCUCAGAGGAGGAAGUCACCCUCCUCGUUCUCUCCCUGCGUCUCCGCCGCAGCGCCGCCCAGCUGGUGAAGCUCCGGGCCGGGGACAGUGUGUUCAGCCAGGCUUUCCACAUCCUCACCAUGUGGAGGAGAGGGCUGCCCGCUGCGGCUCAAAAACCUAAGGCCUCUCAGCUGGCUCACUGCUUAGCCAAGAGCGGGAGACCGGACCUGGCCCGAGAGCUGCUGCUGAGGCAGAUGGGAGCAUCUAGACCGGGGUUAGUGAAACAGGGAGGCCUGAAAAGUCGAAAUUACUCAGCUUUUUAA